GGAGCCGAAAGAUCUCGUAGAAUUAUGUAACAUUCUUCGAACCAAACGCCCGAUGAAUGUUAAUCUUGAAGAUUGAAUGUAUAGGGUUGGAACAGGCCUGGGUUGAAGCCGGUGCCACCUCGGCCCGAUAAUCAGUACUUACCUGCCGCGAUCGGCAGUCGCUGCGGCUGUGGGUUGGCCGUCAACGUGCUCUGCUUCACUAUCGAGUGAACAAACAGCUGUGAGUUCUUGUUUUUGAUGGUAUUUCUUGGUUUAGUCUCACGCUUCCAUAUCCAAGUCCGAAUCUAGCAAAAUGUCACAGGCCAGUGCUGAGGACAGCCUGAGUGAUUGGGUACCCUGUACAAGCUGUUCAUGCCCCAAUCACCGCACCCCUUCAUUCGACAUCCUGGAUGAAGAUGUACUAUCAUACGAGGGCGAUUUUACGCGUCUUACACACUCAAAUGAGCCACCUGCUCCAGGAGAGGCACAUGCUUUGCAAUCCAUGCUUUCAAAGGCAGAGAAACGGAUCGCUCUACUGGAAAGUCAUAUACAGCAAUUAGAUGAGAUGACCGAGCGUCAAAGGGCUGUCAGGGAAUCGAUGGCAGAGGAAUGCCAGCGAAUGCGCGACCUGGUUCGAGUCAGACGGGGACCUCUGAGCGCUAUUCGACGCCUGCCUGCUGAAGUCCUUACUGAAAUAUUUCGCCAUACCAUCGAAAUAACACCUCCAAAACGCUGGAUCUCCGCGAACGACUCAAGCCACUGGGAAUUUCAGCAUAAGGAGAGCCCUCUUUGGAGCAUUGAGCUGGUAUCAAAACGGUGGAGAGACGCGUUGCUUUCGCAUGGGAAGCUUUGGUCGAACAUUAUCAUACAAGAUGUCUCAAAUUUCAAGAGCAGGACGCCUCGAGAACUCACUCGGUUCGCUCUGCAUCUGCAGCGUUCGCGCCAAUACCCCCUCUCCCUCUCCCUUCAUUGCCCCGGAGAUGCCGAAGAUGAAGAUUCCAUUCCAGGCGAGCUGUUUGCUUUCCUGGUUAUGGCAUCUCACAGGGUUGAGACCCUUCAUCUCUACCUUCGGCCAUCCAUGUUGGCGUCUUUCGAGCCACUUCAUUCAGCCUUCCGAUCAUUGCGCACACUCAUCGUGUUACCAAACGAGUUCACAGACUACCCACGACUGGAAGCCUUCCAACAUACCAAAAACCUUCGACACGUUGAACUUUGGGACGUAGAAAUGCCUCUCGACGAGUUCUCAUUGCCAUGGAACCAGAUCACUGUAUACAAGAACGUCAAUUGGGGCAUCGGGAGACAAUUUGGACCACCAUAUGAAGACACCAUUCUCCUCCUCAGCAAGAUGUCUAACAUUGUCGAAUUUGAGAUAGCCUAUCUCUGUGAUUUUUGUCGCAGAGGGACGCCCGGUCCUAGCGUGCCUCUGCCAGUGACUUGUUCACAACUAUCCUCUCUGAAAUUGUUCGUCGCAAAGACAUCUGCGAGCAUAGUAUUAGACGUACUGCUCAACGAUCUUGUUCUCCCGUCCCUUUCGUCUUUGGACAUCGAUUGUCAGGAAACAGAAAUUAACGCAUACAACGAGGGAGAGCAGCUGUUUCCUGCGGUACUGGGACUACUGUGUAGAUCUCGCUGCUCUCUGCAGGAACUAUGGUUCAAGCAUGCACAGGUGGAUGCAAAUGACCUUCUGGAAGUUUUUCGGAUUUCGCCCUCUCUCUCAUGUCUCGAGUUUGUUAACGUUGGCCAGGACGCCAUCACUGAUGACAUUCUUGAACGUCUCACACUGUCUUCUGACUCGGAAUCGCAGUCGGACACAGAAUCUGGGUGUUCCAAGGGGACUGGGGAAAAGGAGCAAGGGGAGAAAGAGGAGCCCGAGAUCCUUGUUCCGUGUCUGAGCACUUUUCAUCUAGUAACGGACGCAUCUUUCGAAAACGAUACGUUUGUCCAGAUGGUCUUAUCUCGUUGGAGUACUUCUGCUGUUGAGAAUGGUGACAGCGCAAGUUGCCUUCAGUCGGUAAAACUUGGAUGGGUUGGAUGGGAUCCAGGGUAUGAUCCUGAAGAUGUAACCGAAAUUCUUUCGUGUUUGGAGCCGUACCGUCCUGAGGGGUGUCAACUAAAGGUGUACUUUGGCUCCUCGGACGAGCUUCUUCAGGAGUAUGUCCGGGAUGAGUGGAUGUAGCUGGGUACAGACCGAUAAUAGACAUGCAUUACUUUCAGUUACCGUGGGAUCUAAAUCGUCGACUUGUGGCUAGAUGGCUUCAUUUGCUCGUCGCACUGCGACCAAUUUGGGUAAAAUAAGUGUUCAUCAAUACAGUAUUACGGUAUACCACACGCGCUUAUCAACAGUCCAUUGGU